UGAAAAACGAAAAACGAAGAACACAACCCGCAAAACCCCCUCCCACGUUUUAUUUUGCCAGGCUGCGGGUUGUCGUGCAAUUCGGAAACUUCUCCCGCCAUUUCGCCAUUGAAGUGGCACACAAGGGAUGGAAGGAGGCGGAGCGGCGUACAAUCCUCGGACACCUGAGGAGGUCUUCAGGGAUUUCAGAGGCCGUCGGGCGGGCAUGGUGAAGGCACUGACGACAGAAGUGGAUAAGUUCUACCAGCUGUGUGAUCCGGAAAAGGAGAACUUAUGUCUUUAUGGGCUUCCUAAUGAGACCUGGGAGGUGACCUUGCCUGCCGAGGAAGUGCCCCCUGAGCUCCCUGAACCUGCAUUAGGAAUAAAUUUUGCUAGGGAUGGCAUGGAUGAAAAGGAUUGGUUGUCACUUGUUGCAGUUCAUAGUGAUGCAUGGUUAUUUGCAGUUGCCUUCUAUUUUGGAGCUCGGUUUGGAUUUGACAAAGAGGCCAGAAGGAGACUAUUUACAAUGAUAAACAAUCUCCCAACGAUCUUUGAGGUUCUGACUGGAACCCCCAAAAAGCUGUCUAAGGAGAAAACCCCCAACAGCAGCAGUAGAAGCAAUAAACCAAGCUCAAAGUCCCAGCCACAGACAAAAAACUCAAAAUCACCUUCCCUGAAGGACUAUAAUGAAAGCGGAGAGGAGGAUGAAGAGGACGGUAAUGAACACGAAAAUACCUUAUGUGGUGCCUGUGGUGAUAACUACGCCAACGAUGAGUUCUGGAUCUGCUGCGAUAUUUGUGAACGAUGGUUUCAUGGCAAAUGUGUCAAGAUAACUCCUGCCAGGGCUGAGCAUAUCAAGCAAUAUAAGUGUCCAGCAUGCAGCAACAAAAGGGCCAGAGUAUGACCAGAAAGAAGAAAUUGAGACUAAGUUUCCUGUGUUAGAUUAUAGUUUUAAAAGGACAACUGAAAGGGGAGAUAUAUAAUCAUUUUGGAUGCAAUUAACCCAAUUGAUGAUUAGAUUUUGCAGUUUGUAGACUUUUGUUUUCAUUUACUGUCUGUAGACUUUUGUUGUCAUUUACUGUCUUUAUCACUUCGAACUGUCAUGUUUUAUUUAAAAAGCUGAUCUUCGAACUUGUCUUCUGUAUUGUUGAAUGCUUAUU